AUGACCAAUCUGAUCGAUAUUGACAAAUUUUCAACCUAUAAAUUGAACAAUGGACAACAUAUUCCGGUCGCUGGAUUCGGUACCUACUUGAUCCCUGCGGACAAAGCAGCCACCCUUGUAUACGAUGCAUUGGAAGCUGGUUACAGACACAUUGAUACAGCAAUUUCUUAUAAGAACCAGCAUGAGGUGGCGCAAGGUGUUGCAAAGUUCCUCCAAGACCAUCCCGAUGUUCAAAGAAAAGACAUCUGGUUCACCACCAAAAUCGCAAACCAAAAUCAAGGAUAUGAAAACACAAAAAAGGCGGUGCAACAAAUUAGUGACGAGGUCAGUGUAAUUGAUUAUGUUGACCUCAUCCUUAUCCACUCACCCAAAACGUCUCGCGAAAAGAGAUUAGGUACGUACAAGGCAUUGCAGGAUUAUGUUCUUGAUCCAGAUAACACCACGUUAAACGUGAAGUCCAUUGGGGUUUCAAACUACGGAAUUAAACAUUUGGAGGAGUUGUUCAACUGGGAGGGUUUCUCGGUUAAACCAGUGAUCAAUCAGCUUGAAUUGCAUCCAUGGUUACCCAGAGUCGAACUCAGAAAAUAUUUAGAAGACCACAAUAUUUUGGCUGAAGCAUAUUCGCCACUCACUCAAGGGUACAAGAUAGAUGACCCUGAGUUAUUAGAGCUCAGCAAAAAGUACAACUUAAGUCCUGCCGAGAUUUUGUUAAAAUGGUCUUACUUGCAGGGAUUCAUUGUUUUGGUCAAAACAGAGAAUCCAAAGAGGAUCAAAGAAAAUUUAAGCAUCUUGCCUGAUGGUGACAAGCUGAAUGGAAAGGGCGAAGCAGCAAAGGUUGCUUUAGACACCGAAAUCUUGAA